AUGCCGAGAGAUCCGGAAGACCAACGGCAGCAUUUUACGCCCUUCCGAGGACGCGAAUUUCAAGAACUGCGGGCAUAUUCACCGGAUAGUGACCAGGAGAACUUGGAUCCACUGAACAAUACGCCGGUGAUGUCCAGACCUCAAUGCCAGAGAUGCAUAUGGAUGAAUCAAGUUACAGUCUUAAAGGAAUGUGCAGUAAGUUGUGACAAGUAA